AUGCUGGAAAGCCCAAGAGAGGUUCGGCAAGAUUUGGCGAUCCACGAGACCCCGCAGGGAUUGGUCUACGUGGAAGACUUGUCGCUGAUCCCGGUGACGAACAUCCGGGAGGUGUUGAGCGUGGCGAACCUCGGGGUGCAGAUGCGGGCAACCUUCGAGACCAGACUCAACGCACGAAGCUCGAGGUCACACACGAUCUUCAGUGUGAGCAUCGUGCAGAAGUCCAAGUCGGAUCCGAAGAGUGGUGUCGUGGGAAGCGUGGUGAACUUUGUGGACCUGGCAGGGUCCGAGAGGCUUGCGCGGAGCCAAUCCGAAGGAAGGAGGUUUCAGGAGGCUGUCAUCAUCAACAGCUCCCUCUCCGCGUUGGGCAAGGUGGUUUUGGCCUUGGCCUCUGACCGGGCACGUCACAUCCCCUACCGCGACUCCAAGUUGACGCGCAUUUUGCAGAACUCCCUGGGUGGCAACUCUUAUACGACGCUGCUGACGACGGUCGACCCAUCUUCGGACAACUACGAAGAGUCCCUGAACUCUCUUUUCUUCGCCGACCGCUGCCAGAACGUCCAGAACAAGCCGGUUCAGAACGUCGCCCGUGGCGAUGCUGAGGGGAAUGACAAGCAGAUGUCCAAGCAGAUCUCCAAGCUGACCUUGGAGAUCGUGAACCUGAAGCACCAGCUGGAGGUGCAUGGGGCAGGACCGUCGCCUGGCAUGCCCGGCGCACCCAAGGUUGCCGGCGGGGCUCGCACAGCGGUGUCGGGUGUGAAGAGUAUCCGCAGCAUGCGCUCCGGAGUGGGCGCCAUGUCCCGGGCCAGCAGCGUCUCCCAGCCCUCCGAGACCUUCGACCUGGGGGAUGUGCUGGAGCAGGCAAAUGAGAAGCUUUUCAGCGAGAGAAGAGCCGCCUUCCAGCUGGAGGUCAAGGUCCAGUCGGCCCAAGAUCAGCUGGACCGUGCCCGAAUCGAGCAGCUGCACCGAGAUGAUCAGAAGCGCAAGGAAGCCAACGUCAUCAAGAAUUCCAUCAAGGCACUGCAGAUGGAGAUGCAGAAGUCUCGGCAACGGUUCGACUACCUGAGGGCACUCUUUGAGUCGGAGCAGGUUGAGCUGGCGACGCGAGUGCAAGCAAAGUCGCGGGAGCUGAAGAAUCGACGCAGGAGUUUGGCCAGCACCUUCGCAGAGCCCAUCCGCGAGUCGGCGCGGGUUGGUGAGGAUGGCGUCGAGGCGGUUGCCCAAAAGGCGAUCGAUGAGCAAUGUGCCAACCUGGAGAAAGAAUUCGACAGCUUCGCCAACACUCUGGAGAGGAGCCACGUUCAAGAAUGUGCCGAGCUGCCGACGCCGUUCCAGCAGUGGUUUCAGGAGAAGGAUGCUGACAGCGAGCUUGCAGCUGUCAGCAAAGCGAAGUGCAUGGCCGACAGCAUGCAGAAGAUGAGCAGGAUGCAGGGCGAAAUGGUCUCCGCUUGGGACCUGGCUCAGCGCCUCUACAAGAUCGUCGAGGCGCAGUCUGCCGGGGUGCCGAAUGACGACCGUUGCAAGGUGCACCGCGUAGAUCCCAACGUCCCAGUCCUCACCGUGCCGAUGGUCGGGUCCCUUCCCUCGUCGCGUAGACCGUCCAAGGGCAGUUGCGACCCUGCGACCGAGGAGCCGGCCUCGCGGACCAUGGCCGGCAAGAUCGCCUCGGCUCUCGUGGGCCUACCAGAUCCACCCCUGCGAGCCGAUGCCAAGGAAAUCCGCGAGCAGCUGUGCAAACCGGCAGAUCCACCCUCCGGCCUGCCAGUCCAGCCAUGCAGGCCCAGCGCCCCCAGCGUGCGGCCGCCCAGUGCCGGCUUCACCAGGAGCCGGGCCACCAGCGAAGCUGCUUGCUCUGCCACGGCGCUCUCCACCAGCGGCGAGGAUGUGUCAUGGUGGGACGCUGACAGCUUUGCUCGGGAGUUCUGUGACCUGGACAUCGCCCCACCGGACGGGAGCAAAGCAGCAAACGACGUUCUUCAGAGCCUGUGCCCUGCCAGGCUGCGUGCUCUUUGCACGUCGCUGCAGCGACGGGGCAGCAUGACGGUGGCAGAGAAGGCUGCAGAGAAGGCCAAAGUCGUGGACGAAGUUGCGCGGCGGCUGUCGCACUGUGACACCGUGGACCGGAUAAGGGACAUGGAGCGGGAGAUCGCCAAGUACAAGGAGCAGCAGGCCGUUCAGCACGAGGAGCAGUACAACCUCGAGUGCGUCCUGAAGCAUUGCAACGAAAGCUGGUCGUCUUUGGGCACGUGA